UUUGAAAUGAGAACCCCUAACAGAGCAUAUCCACUUUGAUGCGCGUGGGUAGGAAGGAUCGAUCAUGGAUGCCGAUGAGCGUGCAGCAGCAGCGGCGGCGGCAGCAGCAGCAGCGGCGGCGGCAGCAGCAGCAGCAGCCGCCAUUCCUAAUCCAGCUCCAGAACCGGGCGGUGAUUUAGAGAGAUCGUCUAGCGAAAAUCUCGAGGACUCACGCUUGAAUUUGGAGAUGCGUAGUCUCUUGACCUCUGAAUUUACCAAGGAUGGCUCCGUGGAUUUGCUUGGAAGGCCAUCGGUCCGCCGAAAAACCGGUGGAUGGAGAGCCUGUCCAUUUAUUCUUGGAAACGAAUGUAGCGAAAGAUUAGCAUUCUAUGGCAUCAACACCAACUUGGUGACUUAUUUGAUCAAAGAAUAUCACCAGGGCAAUGCAAUCGCUGCGAAGAACGUGACAAUCUGGUCAGGCACCGGGUACGUAACUCCCAUUCUCGGAGCUUUUCUAGCUGAUGCCUACUGGGGACGCUACCGCACCAUUGCAGUCUUUUCAUGCUUAUACUUGGUGGGAUUGAUACUUCUUACGUUGUCAGCCUCAUUACCUUCAUUGAAACCUCCAUCCUGUGACAAGAUGUCUUGUCAACAUGCCUCGCUGGGGCAGCUUAUAUUCUUUUACGUGUCACUCUAUUUUGUGGCUUUAGGAAUGGGAGGUAUCAAGCCUUGUAUCUCGGCGUUUGGUGCCGACCAAUUCGACAACAGUGACCCCGUAGAGAGGAAGAACAAGGGCCAUUUUUUCAACUGGUUUUACUUGUCAAUCAACGUUGGAGGACUUGUUGCAACUACGUGCCUUGUUUAUAUCCAGGACAACACCAGCUGGGCCUUGGGAUUUGGCAUCCCGGCCGCGUGCAUGGCCGUUUCUAUCGGUUCCUUCCUCCUGGGAUCUCCGCUCUAUCGCCACCAGAGACCACAAGGAAGUCCACUCGUGAGAGUGGCACAGGUUCUCGUUGCUGCAUUUCGAAAGUGCUUCGUGCAAGUUCCAGCUGACAAGGAGCUAUUACACGGUAGCAAAGAGAGUAAUGGAUCUAGCAUCAGCGGCAGCUUCAGGUUCCUUGACAAAGCAGCAGUGAACACCGGCUCGAAGAAAGGAACUUUACCGGGACCCUGGAAGCUAUGCCCCGUAUCGCAGGUGGACGAAGUGAAAACUCUCCUGAGGAUACUUCCGAUCUGGGCGACACUGAUUAUCUUCACGACAGUCUACUCACAGAUCUCGACCACUUUCAUCGAGCAGGGAUCCAGAAUGGACACCAACAUUCUGGGAUUCAAAAUCUCUCCAGCAUCCAUGUCUACGUUCGAGAUUCUCACCGUCAUCCUCAUGGUUCCCAUCUACGACCGGAUCCUCAUCAAGCUGGCUCGCAGAGUUUCUGGCCAUCCUCAAGGAUUUACGCAGCUCCAGAGAAUGGGUAUAGGCCUGGCGAUUGGUAUACUCUCCAUGGUGGUGGCCUCGGCCACGGAGAGCAAGAGGCUGGAGCUAGCGAGAACGCACAAGCUGGUGGACGACGCUGUUAAGCCAGUUCCGAUGACCGUCGUUUGGCAGCUCCCACAGAUCGUCAUACUGGGAAUCGCCGAGACUUUCACGUACAUUGGUCAGCUGGAAUUCUUCUACGAGCAGGCCCCAGAUUCGAUGAGAAGCUUGGGAACAGCAGUGGCGCUCACGACAUUUGGACUCGGGAAUUAUCUCAAUGGGUUUCUGAUCAUGGUGGUGAGCAGGGUGACGAGCAAUGGUGGCAGUAGCCCCGGAUGGAUCCCGGACAACUUAAACCUCGGCCACCUCAACUUCUACUAUGAUCUUCUGGCGUUCCUGAGCGCGUGCAACUUGGUGUGGUAUUUGAUCUUUGCGAAGGCUUUCAAGUACAGAGAAAGCAGUGGCAGGACUUCGUGCUUGUUGCACUAAUAAUGAAGAUAUUGAAGUGUUAAUUCCUAAAGAUAUUCUCCUUUUUAUGCUGUUUUGACUCAUAAAUCCAUCUCUUUCGUUCUGUA